GGAAAAAGAUUUUUCACAUCCAGUUCUCCUUCUUAUUCGCAUACGUUUUGCCGCAGUUCGGUCUCAUGUUUUUGGCUCUGAGUUGUUUCGCUUUCGUAGUGCACCAAUAUUCUAGUGUUCCCUUCUCAGCACAACUGAAGGAGUCGAUCUACUUUGUGCUGAUCAUCAUGGUGUGGACGGAAACUCUGUGGUGUCUGAAUCUGGUAUACAAUCUGCUCGCUUCAGACAUCCUCUUCAUAUCCUACUGGUUCGCCAUCUCUUGCCUGCCCGGAUCAGUGGGAAUAUUCGCCACCUACCGCUGCUGGAGAAUUCCUUCAGACACCGACUCACAAAUUCACACAAAUCCGAAUCACAACUUAUCGCCAAACUGUGCCAAUGGCAACCCUCAAGUGAGUGCGUACUGUUCUCCAUUGCACCAUAGCCAGACGCUGCUUCGGCCUAAAGCGUCAUCGGCUAAUGGAACUCUUUCUUACGGGCUGAAUCACCUUCUCCAGUCGCCAAAUCAUAUGUACUCCCCAAUUCAUUUCUCGAGUACGUUCCGUCCUGUUAACUCGCAGCAAUUUAACCCAUUCUUGUGUCAAAGUAGCCCGAAUAAAAAUUUCGUCGCAACAAUGCCGAGUAAAAAACCGAAGCACAGAGGCGACGUUGAGAACAGAUGGCCGAAGACGUUGACUAGAGCAAAACCGACAAGUGUUAACAGCACGAGUCGUGAUUACGUAAUUAGGCACCCGACUUCAAACACGUUACCUCGUCGGUUCGGCUCGUGGGAUUGCACGCUUAACUCGGGUGGCGAAGUCGGAGUCUCUUUUCACCAGCAGAGGCGAAGUUGUCAGAGCGAAUAUUUUGCGACUAAUUCCGAACACAGUGAUGGUUCAAACUCAAACACGACUCACAAUGCUAUCACAACAAUUGAUCCACGGGUAAACUGCGAUCAGUCAGGGCAAAGUUCAUCGUCGCGAAAUAUCAAUAAGAACAAAAAUGGACUAGUUUAGUGACUCCGGUCAUUUUUCUUAAAAAGGAUCACAAUCAGCUCUAUAUGAGAAAGUAGCUCUGCAAAUCUGUGAGACACCAAUCAUUUAGAUACAUAUACAGGGGCGGAUACAGGAUUUUCUCG